AUGGCACCCAACCCUUUUCUCUGCCUGCGCGCCGUCUUUUGCCCGACAUACUGGUUCAACCGAGGCGAGCGCAUCCAUGGCUCUAUCAGCUGUGAGCAGCACUGGGACAGCCCUGUCCCGGGAACCUACAAGUUCUUCCCGGGCCAUGGCUGGCACCUGAUUCAUCCGGACGGCCAUGAGAAUGAAAAGGAUAAGGCCCCCGCUGCUCUGGUCUACUGCCGCAUUCUCCACCGCUACAUGUUCGAGUCUGAGCUCGAAGGACGCUGCCGCUGGUUCUCGGCCCCGCUGCACAAAGGUGGUCGCCCUGAGCGGCUGCGCUUUUUCCUCCUCGACGAUGGUGUCCACUGGGUUGCUGGCUGGGAUGCCCAGGAUCGCUUUAUCCCGGGCCCCUACCCCAAGUGGUGGCUUGACGAAGAUGGCCACACCAUGCACCGUGGUGCCUCGCCGCCCACCAGCGCCGAUGUGUCCCGAUGCAGCAGUCUUGUUGCGGGAAAAUUGGGUUGA